CCUCCCACAUGUCAUGAACUAUUAUUAGCUUAGAAAGCAGAGGAAGAGCGACCAUUAUUUAAAGGACCUGUAAAGAAGAACAUCAAGCAGAGACAGCUUAUCCUGAAGAACGACAGAAGAUGAACUCCAAGUGUCAACGUGUGGAACUGAAUGAUGGGCACUUCAUUCCUGUGCUGGGCUUUGGUACUGCUCUACCUUUAGAGGUUCCCAAAAGUAGGAUUAAGGAGCUCACCAAAAUAGCUAUCGAAGUUGGCUUCCGUCAUUUUGAUUCUGCUUCUGUUUAUAAAACUGAAGAUUAUGUGGGAGAGGUCAUCCGAAGCAAGAUUGCUGAUGGCACUGUGAGGAGAGAAGAUGUAUUUUAUACAACAAAGGUCUGGUGUAAUUGUCUUCGCCCAGAACUAGUGAGGUCUUCUUUGGAGCAGUCACUGAAGAAAGUUCAGCUGGCUUAUGUGAACCUGUACCUCAUGCAUUACCCAGUGGCCCUGAAACCAGGAGAAGAUGAGUACCCAGUAGAUGAACAUGGAAAACUAAUAUUUGACACAGUGGAUCUCCUUGCAACCUGGGAAGCAAUGGAGAGGUGUAAGGAGGCAGGACUGACCAAGUCCAUUGGGGUGUCCAACUUUAACCGCAGGCAGCUGGAGACAAUCCUGAACAAGCCAGGGCUCAAGUACAAGCCUGUGUGCAAUCAGGUAGAAUGUCAUCCUUAUCUCAACCAAAUGAAACUUCUAGAUUUCUGCAAGUCAAAUGACAUUGUACUGGUUGCCUAUGGUGUCCUGGGAACACAACGAUAUACAGGAUGGGUGGACCAGAACUCCCCUGUUCUCUUGGAUGAACCAGUUCUUUGCUCCAUGGCAAAAAAAUACAAUCAAACUCCAGCCUUGAUUGCCCUGCGCUACCAGUUACAGCGUGGGGUUGUGGCCCUCAACAGCACUCUCAAUGAAAAGCGGGUCAAAGAGAACACAAAGGUUUUUGAAUUCCAGUUGAGUUCAGAGGAUAUGAAAGUCCUUGAUGGACUGAACAGAAAUUUGCGAUACGUGAAUACACCAAUGUUUGCUGGCCACCCUAAUUAUCCAUUUUCUGAUGAAUAUUAACAUGUAAGGAUGUCUGUCAGAAGGUUUACUGGCAGGAGACUGCUCAGGUGCUAAUGUCUUAUCCUGUAACUUCUACUCUAUAGCAAUUCAGAAUCUCCUGGAGCUGCAUUUCAGCUAAGACAGAAAAAAUAAAAAUAAAAAAUUGCCCCAUUCUUAAACCAAAUAAAAGACACAUUCUCCACCAA